AUGUUGGAGGAGGAGGAGGAAGAGGAAGACGAGGAGGAUGAGAGAGGAAAAACAAAAGGAAGAAGGAAAACAAGGAGGAGGAAAAGCAAAAAGAAGGAAAGGGGAGAAGAAAAAGGGAGAAGUUGGAGGAGGAGGAGGAGGAGAAGAAGGAAGAGUUGGCGGAGGAAGAAAGAAAAAGAGGAAGAGGAAAAACAAGAGAAAGAGAAGGAGGCGAAGGAGAAUAAGGAGGACAAUGAAAAGGAGGCGGAAAAAAAGGAGGAUGAGGGGGAGGAGGAGGAAGAAGAAAAAGUUGUCCCCUCUAUGCCUAAAUGCUGCUCGAAAUUUAAGUAG